UCAGCGCGGGGAGUGUACUGCUUUCUGGCAGCACUGCCAUGAGGAGAGGAAGAAUAUGGAGAGGGAGAAGAGGAGCGACUGAGGGAACGGCGAAGGGAGUCAUGAGAGAGCAGUUAGCAGCGACGGACGCGAAGUUAACAAGCGGGAAAUAAACGUUGUGAUCAAAGGCUGAUUAAAGGUAUUAAUUCUGAAGAGUAGUCCGAACGGGUCCCUCACAAUUCUGGCGACGAGGGUGAACUAAAGAUGGAGGACGCUCGGCCGGUACCACAGUUUCGCUGUGAGGAGAUCGAGAAGAACCGUUUGUACAACGAGUGGAAAAUUUGGAAAAGAGCUCUCGAGUGUUAUUUUGAUGCGUACGACAUUAAGGAUCAAAAGAAGAUGCGGGCUAAGCUUCUUCAUCUUGGAGGACCACAACUACAGCGCGUAUUCGAAAACCUACCCGAUCGUGAGAAUUUUCCGGUGGUAUCCACCAAAAAGAAGAAAUGGUACACCGUCGCAAUAAACGCUCUCGACGGUUUCUUUCAACCGUGUCGUCAAGACUGUUUGGAGCGGCACAAGCUAAGACAACUGAGACAAAAAGAGGGCGAAAGGUUUGCAGAUUUUCUGCUGCGGUUGCGCCAGCAGGUGGCUGACUGCGGGUUCGAGAAGUACGCUCCGGAAACAAAGAAUGUUCUCGUGGAGAUCUUCUUGAUUGAUGUCAUCGUCGAGGGUUGCACAUCGCCUGAGUUGCGUCGACGGAUUCUCCAGCAAGAUCGUACGCUGUCCGAAAUUGAAACGCUCGGAGUUGCGUUGGAAGGUGCUGAGCUGCAGGUUAAGGACUUUAAUGCUAAGCCUGUGGAACCCGUCACGGAGCAGAAGGCGUUCAAAGUCACAGUUAGGCCAAAGCCCUUUCAACCGGCCUACCACAACAGCGGGAACUUUGCACGCAACAAAGCAUCUCCAUACCCUCAACGGGUUAUCCGGUGUUUCAGUUGCGGAAGACCCGACCACCUGUCCACUGACCGAAACUGCCCGGCGAGGAACAUUCGGUGCCGCAAAUGUAAACAGAUGGGACAUUACGAACCCUACUGUCGUCAGCGAGAGAAGAAGUUCAUCAGGCGACAGGAUACCCACCAGGAUACUGCAUCAUCUCGGAAGGUGCACCUGGUCGAAGAAACGAAGGUCAAAGCGGAAGCGGAACAACACAACGGCUCAACGAAGACUUAUUACACGUUCUUCUCCGGGAACGAAACGAACGUUGUGCUUUGCACCGUUGGCGGUGUUGAACUCGACCUGCUCGUUGACUCCGGGUCGGAUGUUAACCUGAUUCCAGAUACCGUAUGGGAGUCCUUGAAGCAAAAGUCGGUGGAAGUUCGUCAGUGUGUGAAAGGAUGCACGAAGGUGUUGAAAGCUUACGCGAGCAACUCCCCGUUGGCAAUUCUCGGUUCAUUUGUUGCUGAGGUGAAGGUUGGACAACGAGCAGUACAAGCGGAGUUCCAUGUUGUUGCUGGAGGUCAGCGAUCUCUUCUGGGUGAUCGCACAUCGAAGGAGCUGAGGAUUUUGAGAAUCGGAGUCGAUGUUUGCAGCGUGGCCAGCGCCAUGGAACCGUUCACCAAGAUCAAGGACGUGCAAGUUCAGAUCUUGAUGAACCCGGAGGUGAAACCAGUUUGUCAACCCAUCCGUCGAGUCCCAAUCCCACUUGAAGACGCAGUUAACAAAAAGUUGGACCAGCUUCUAGCGAAAGAUAUAAUCGAAGUCAAACACGGUCCUGCGCCUUGGGUUUCUCCGUUGGUAGUGGUGGGAAAAAGUAACGGAGAACCGAGAAUUUGCCUCGAUUUGCGUCGCGUCAAUGAAGCGGUGCUCCGCGAGAGACAUCCGAUGCCGGUCGUAGAUGACUACUUGGCACGGUUGGGAAAAGGGAAGUACUGGACGAAACUGGACAUUAAGGAUGCGUUCCUGCAGGUCGAGCUGGCCCCGGAGUCACGCGACAUCACCGUGUUCAUUACGAACAAGGGGUUAUUUCGUUUCAAACGUCUCACAUUUGGCCUAGUGAAUGCCCCGGAGUGUUUUCAAAAGGUCAUGGAUCAAAUUCUUGUCGGCUGCGAAGGGGCGUUCUGGUACCUGGACGAUGUCAUAAUCGAAGGCAGUCGUCGUGAAGAACUCGAAGAACGUGUUGCAAAGGUCCUUAGGCGAUUCAAGGAACGAAACGUUGAGUUGAACUGGGACAAAUGCGAGUUUGGGUUGACAGAAAUCGAGUUCUUGGGACAUCGUAUAACUGCUGACGGUAUCGUGCCUACCAACGACAAGGUGAAGGCCAUAAAAUCAUUCCGGCGGCCGGAAAACGAAGCCGAAGUUCGGAGUUUUUUGGGCCUGGCCAACUACCUUAACAAGUUUAUACCCGAUCUGGCCACAUUGGACGAACCGCUGCGCAUGCUAACACGGAAGGACAGCAAAUUUGUGUGGUCGGUGGUGCACCAAACGGCAUUCGACCGCAUCAAGGAUGCAAUUGCGGACGUAAUGAAACUGGGAUUCUUCAACAAAGACCAAAGAACGACGGUGAUGGCUGACGCAAGUCCAAUAGGGCUGGGCGCUCUGUUGAUUCAAACUGACGAUGCUGGCAACAGCAGAGUAGUUACCUGUGCUUCGAAGUCCUUGACCGAUACGGAACGGAGAUACUGCCAGACCGAGAAGGAGGCUUUGUCUCUUGUUUGGGCUGUCGAAAGGUUCCAGAUGUACUUGUAUGGAAGACGUUUCGAUAUUCUGACGGAUUGCAAGGCGUUAGUGUAUCUGUUUACGGAACGAUCGCGACCGUGUGCUAGAAUAGAGCGCUGGGUACUCCGUCUUCAAGCCUUUGAAUAUCUGGUCAGCCAUAUUGCCGGAAACAGGAACUUAGCAGACGUGUUGUCACGGUUGAGUACAAUAGUGCCGGUUCCGUUUGACAUCAGGGAGGAGUUGUUCGUUCGGCAGAUUUCGUUGUCAGCCGCCACUGCUGUUGCUUUACGCUGGGAAGAAAUCACGAAAGCAUCGCUGGAGGACCCGGAGAUUCAGGAUGUUCUGGAGUGCAUUGACAAUGGCAACAUCUACCAGAUGCCAAUAGCAUACCGUGUUGUCGCAAAUGAGUUAUGCCGAUUUGGAGACGUACUGCUGCGUACGGACAGGAUUGUUGUUCCGACUGCGCUUCGGGAAAGAGUUGUCUGCAUCGCUCAUGAAGGACAUUUGGGCAUUCGAACUAUGAAAGCUCAUCUCCGGAGUGCGGCGUGGUGGCCCAAGAUGGAUAUGGCUGUUGAGUCAUACGUGAAGAGAUGUCGAGAUUGUCUUCUCGUUUCCUCUCCUGAUCCACCCGAACCUAUGGUCAGGAAGGAGUUGCCAAGCGGACCUUGGGAGGACAUCGCUAUCGACUUCCUCGGACCCCUGCCCAACAAGGAGACAUUGUUGGUGGUCGUUGACUAUUACAGUCGAUACGUUGAAGUCUGUGAAAUGAAGUCUACCACCGCGAAGGAAACCAUCGCACAGUUGAGUAAGAUUUUCUGUCGGUUUGGUGUGCCCAAUACCAUGCGAGCCGAUAAUGGUCCUCAAUUGAACGCAUCUUGUGAGGAGUUCACCAAUUUUUGUGGUGAGGUCGGGGUAAGGUUGGUCAACACUAUACCAUACUGGCCACAGCAUAAUGGUGAGAUAGAGCGACAGAACCGGUCAUUCCUAAAACGAAUGAAAAUCGCUCAUGAGGCGGGUCGCGAUUGGAGAAUGGAGCUUAACAAAUAUAUUCUCUCGUACCACGCCACACCUCAUCCAACCACUGGGCGUUCUCCAGCCGAGCUCAUGUUUGGUCGUAAGAUCCGUUCUAAGUUGCCACAGCUGCCACGUGAAGCGAGCUUUGAUGAGGAGGUACGCGAUCAUGAUAAGCUGCAGAAGGAGAAAGGUAGAGUUUAUGCAGAUACGAAGCGUAAGGCGCGCACGAGUGAAAUUGAGGUUGGGGACCGAGUUUUGGCAAAACGGAUGCGUAAGGACAACAAACUAUCUUCAGAUUUUGGGCCGGAAGAAUUUGAAGUUAUCCGGAAGAGUGGCGCAGAUGUGACGGUGAGUUCAGCGCAGGAUGGUGUGCAAUACCGCAGGAAUGUCCGACAUCUCAAGAGAAUCCUUAAAGGAAGCGAGGAUCAAACAUUCCAUCCAGCGAGCGGUGACGAAGGUCAAGAUGAAUCCGGAUCGACAGAGUACCCAAUCAACCAUGAGGAGCAGAACACGUCGUUCGAGCAGGCUGCCAGUUCGAAACGGGCAAGAAGAGAACCGACGAAGUUCCGGGACUAUGUGGCUCAUUGAGCUUUUCAAAUUUUAAACAAGGGGAGAUUGUAGGGUUCAGCGCGGGGAGUGUACUGCUUUCUGGCAGCACUGCCAUGAGGAGAGGAAGAAUAUGGAGAGGGAGAAGAGGAGCGACUGAGGGAACGGCGAAGGGAGUCAUGAGAGAGCAGUUAGCAGCGACGGACGCGAAGUUAACAAGCGGGAAAUAAACGUUGUGAUCAAAGGCUGAUUAAA